AUUAAAUAGUUGGAAAGCGCGCCUAAUAUGUAGUGCUGCGUUUCAUCUGGCAAGCCUCAGCUAUCCUACAUUUCAUAAAAUAAUGAGUGCUGCAAUAGACGUUUUGGAUAUACUCGAUUUCAAUGAAUCUAGUACGAAGAAGUCUGUGUUGGAUAAAGAAGCAUUGCUUACACGCGCAGACAAACGAAAAUCAUCUCGUCCUAAUCCACAACCAAAACGACCUGAGCAUGUUCCUCGGGAAGUUUGGGGCUUACACAGCACUCUUAAUAGCAAUGAUCUUCCUCCAAUCAUGCCAACUGAUAAUACACCGCUUUACAAACAACCAAAAGCUGUGAUUGGAGUAGGGCGGGUUCGCCCAUGGCAAUGGAUACCUUUCACAAAUUCUGCUAGACAAGACAAUUUAGUGUUAUAUCAUUGGAGGCGAGAAAGUUCUGAUCCAGAUGCCAAUAAGGAUUAUUACUUUGCACGAUAUAAUAAGCAUGUCACAGUUCCUGAAUACACUUUAGAAGAAUAUGAAACAAUGCUGAAAGAUCCAAAAUGGAGUGAGGAACGCACAGCUCAUUUGAUGGAGCUAGCCAAACGCUUUGAUUUACGCUUUAUUCAUAUGAGAGAUAGAUGGGAUUGUGAGCAGUUCCCUGGCCGGCCAUCUAUUGAAGAUCUUAAAGAACGAUAUUAUGGAAUUCUAACUCAAUUGGACAAGGCGCGUGGAACUAAUCUUUCACAAGGUUUACGCUAUGAUGCAGCUCAUGAACGUCGGCGUAAACAGCAGUUAAGCUUAUUGUACGGACGUACAAGAGAUCAGGUGGAAGAGGAACAACGCUUGGUAAUGGAGUUGCGUAAGAUAGAGACUAGACGUAAAGAAAGAGAACGUAAAAAACAAGAUUUACAAAAGCUUAUAUCAUUGGCCGACAGUGUAACUCGUGACUCUGAGUUCUCCGAACACAUUUCAACUGGUUUCGAGGCUACUUCCACAGAAACAGAUACAAAUUCUUGGGUGUCGUCUACAUUCUCCUCUUCAGGUCCAUCAUCUAAUGCUGUACUCUCAGCAUCAGCCUUGACAAACAAUGGGUUACUGCGUAAAAGAGUUACAGGUAGUGUUUGUGGAAGUGGUAUCAGUAAUACUAGCUCAUAUAAUCAGUCUAUUGGAAAUACUAGCCUACUGAGCAGUACAGACGGUAACUGUACUACCUUGAUGAAUCUAGGAUCAUUACAUGCUGGUGGUGGAGCAUCUGGUUCGUUAUCAUCUGGAGAUAUUUGUGCGUCACUGAAUUCUGCUUCGAAUACAGCUAACACUGCAUUAAAUACACAGUACACAAUCAACUUCUUGGAUGUGAGUAAAAAUCCUGGUGCUCAUUUACGCAGUCAAAAGAUGAAAUUACCCAACAAUUUAGGACAAAAGAAGACAAGAAUUAUUGAAAAUUUCUUAGGCCAUUUACAAAUUGAUCCUAAUCCACCGGCGACUGCAGAGAUUGUUGAAGCAUAUAACAGUUUACGUUCAAAGAUAUUACUACUAUUCGAUUUACGCUUGGCUUUAUUGAAUUGUGAUUUUGAACUCCAGUCAGCUCGAUUACGAUUGGAGGCAUUCGCUCCUAAUCAGUCAUUACCUCCUGGACUAAUUAGUCUUCCAAAUCCUGGUUUACCUGAAUCAUCAUCAGAAGAUUCUUAUUAUAACCUGAUUGAUCCAUUGAUUUUAGCAGCUUUACGUGUAGCUGAUUCUAAGCGUCCAAUUCUACCGCGACAUUCACUUGGUGUAGCUGGUACAUUGGCAGCAGCUGCUGGCAGUUUAGGCUUACAUAACAAUAUGAUUGUUGGCUCGAAUACCAUCACCACCACCACCACAACAACAACAGCAUUAGAUCCAAAACUUCGAUAUAACAACACAUCAAUAGUUAAUUCAAAUCAAGGUCCUUCAGAUUAUGAACAAAUGACAACUGAAUCAAUAAUAAUGCAUAAUAGAUCUUCACCAGCUUUAUCAUCAACAGGAACAGGAAAUUUUGAUUCAGAUAAUUCAUCAUCAACUGGAGAUGGUGUUAGCAGUUCUCAACGUCGUAGACGAGCAGCAGCCUUAGAACAAGGACGUGUUUUAAAAAAGCUUAAGGUUAAGGGACAAAUUGUAGACUGAUAAAGUGUUCACAUUAUAUUUUAAUUCAACUUUCAGGAUGGCAAUAGUUGUAGAUUAUUUCUGUUUGUUAUUAUUCAUGUACAUAUAUGUGUAAUGUUUUUAGUCAUUAAUGUUUGAUUAAUUUCAUUUCUUGUUUACUCAUUCUACGAUUGUAAUAUCAUAAUAAUCAUAAUGUUGACCUUUUUCUUCUCUAAAUAGAUUAAUAAACACAGAUGUAGUACUGUGAUUCAUUGGUUUAGAUGAUUGACUUUCAAUCUGUAGGUCAUAUGAUUGAAAUCUCUGCUUCGCUUAAGUGUAGUUCGAGAAGUCAGGAGGAUAUGAACAAAUAAUCUCUCUUACUUCGUGAUGUUACGUGUUUUUGGUUAGGGAUGUCUGAUCCCUAAACUAUUUCGAGAACAAAAUACACCAAUAUUCGCCAGACACUACAGACUCAAGACAUAAAAAGUGGAUAGAUAGAGUAAUUGUCGGCAGACGAGGGUACGUAUGAUAUGAUGUCGUAUUGGGAACAGAAACUUGGACGUGAUAUAAAAGCCAACUACAUAAAACCAACUGAAGGAACAAAACGAAAUGAUAUCUUACGUUCACGGUACUACGCACAGACGAUGCCUAGACAACUACAAAACCGAUCAAUAAAGAACUACUACGCUGAUGUAGGUCACAUCAGUGGAGGAAAUGAAUAGUUCGGUUCCAGGUGGAUCACAAGUAAUAGACCCAUUUUGUUUAGAAAAAGAGGGAGGUGUUAAGGGAAGUUUUGGUUCCCCCAAAAAACUAACCUGUAAUAUGUAUGUAAAUAUUAUCACUGUAAAAUUUAAACCUUACUUUCGCUCUACGCCAUGCUACUUAUUUUUACAGCGGUUUAAGAUGCUAGACGCUGAUUGGUUCAUUUUGCAUUUUGAAUAAACUAUUUUGUUGCCCCUUGUCAGUGUUCUUUAAGAGGUAUAUAAACGACUGAACUUUCAUCUAUAAACACGCCAUUCAGUUGAAAUAUAUAUACUUUCAACCCCAUUGUCUUCUGGUAUCAGCUGAAUAUCAUGCUGUAGUCAUUGUUUUGUCGUAAAUCGGAUCGGAGCAUUAUAUCGUUCAUGUAUGUACAACAGAACAAAAUUAUUUCCCUGUUAAGUUUUUU